AGCGGCGCUAUCAGACAGCGAGUGUGUGCAGCUAAAAUGGCGCUGACUUCGCAAGGAACAAAGAAGAAAGUUUGCUAUUAUUAUGAUGGUGAUGUUGGGAAUUAUUACUACGGACAGGGCCAUCCCAUGAAGCCCCACCGCAUCCGCAUGACCCACAAUCUUCUCCUGAACUAUGGCCUCUAUAGGAAGAUGGAGAUCUAUAGACCUCACAAAGCCAGCGGUGAAGAGAUGACCAAAUAUCACAGUGACGACUACAUCAAGUUCCUUCGUUCGAUCCGCCCGGACAACAUGUCUGAGUAUAGCAAGCAGAUGCAGAGAUUUAACGUCGGAGAAGACUGUCCUGUGUUCGAUGGCCUAUUUGAAUUCUGUCAGCUUUCAACCGGCGGCUCAGUCGCUGGUGCUGUGAAACUCAACAAGCAGCAGACGGACAUUGCCAUCAACUGGGCGGGUGGCCUUCACCACGCCAAGAAGUCAGAGGCGUCUGGUUUCUGCUACGUCAACGACAUCGUUCUGGCCAUCCUGGAACUGCUCAAGUACCAUCAGAGAGUGCUGUAUAUUGAUAUCGACAUUCACCAUGGCGAUGGUGUUGAGGAGGCCUUCUAUACCACAGACCGUGUCAUGACUGUGUCUUUCCAUAAGUAUGGCGAGUACUUUCCUGGCACAGGUGACCUCAGAGAUAUCGGUGCAGGGAAGGGUAAAUACUACGCCGUAAACUACCCGCUCAGGGAUGGAAUCGAUGACGAGUCUUACGAAGCCAUAUUUAAACCCAUUAUGGCCAAAGUGAUGGAGAUGUACCAGCCCAGCGCGGUGGUGCUUCAGUGUGGUGCCGACUCUCUCUCCGGGGACAGACUGGGCUGCUUCAACCUCACCAUCAAAGGUCAUGCUAAGUGUGUGGAGUACAUGAAGAGCUUCAAUCUGCCCUUGUUAAUGCUGGGUGGGGGAGGCUACACCAUCAGGAACGUGGCUCGCUGCUGGACCUAUGAGACCGCAGUCGCCCUAGACAGCACUAUACCCAAUGAGCUUCCAUACAACGAUUACUUCGAGUAUUUCGGACCCGACUUCAAGCUCCACAUCAGCCCUUCCAACAUGACCAACCAGAACACGAACGACUACCUAGAAAAGAUCAAGCAGCGUCUGUUUGAGAACCUGCGCAUGCUGCCGCAUGCUCCUGGAGUGCAGAUGCAGGCAAUUCCAGAGGAUGCCGUGCAGGAGGACAGUGGGGACGAGGAGGACGAGUCGGACAAGCGCAUCCCUAUCCGUGCCCACGAUAAGCGGAUAGCCUGCGACGAGGAGUUCUCGGACUCUGAAGAUGAAGGACAGGGAGGCCGCAGAAACACAGCCAACUACAAGAAGACCAAGCGGGUGAAGACCGAGGAGGAAAAGGAUGGAGAGGAAAAGAAAGAUGUGAAGGAGGAGGAGAAAACUCCAGAGGAGAAAAUGGACACAAAAGGGCCAAAAGAAGAAAUGAAAUCAACCUGAGAACCAGAGACGGUCCAAAUGGAUGCAUGAACACACACACAAUCUUGGCUUCUGAGCUGAAGACUGUAAAUUAUUUUCUAGUACUUGUUUUACUAUUUGUAUCUUAGUGGCAGAAUGGUCCUGUUCCCCCCCACCCCAUCGCCGAUCUGAAUUUAAAGUUGUAUGUUUAUUUUUUAAAGCCCCUUUUUCUCUCCUUUUUGUGCUUUGCAUCAUUUUUUAGGUAGAAAUGUGUAACGGUAGCAGCUGAAUAAGACACAGGCAGUUCAGAAAGAGUAACGAUGUUCAUCAGGAAACGUUUCAGCUCUAAGUUAUUCUUAAUCACGGACUUGAACGCGCUCGCACAGUAGUUUGUUUUGUAUUUCUUUGCCAUUUUCUUAUCGGGUCUGGUCUGUGUGUGGACACUGGUCCCCAGUGCGGUGUCCUUUACCUCAUUUUUAAAGAGAAAGUCGUUCGUUUUAAUGCCGGCGUCUGUGUUGAUGGCUCCUGGAGCCCGAUUUAGCGGUUCCACAUUGGGUUUGAAAUGUCCAUAUUAUAUGCUUUUUUGGUAAAAUAAAUAAAGAGAAUGUUCUCGUGA